CUGCUUGCUUUGGCUUCCUGCAAACCUAACACGGAUGCAAGAGCUGAGAUCUCAUAAAAAGACCUAUGAGCAAAGUACUAGAACUCUUGAAGAAGGAGCAGCAUCUCACUCGCAGCUCACACAGCUGGGGGGGCUGAGGAAGGCAGGAGGCGCAGACAAGUGGCAGAUCUCGACAAAAUGGAGCUUGAGGAUGAUAUAACCAAGGAUCACAGAGGAUAUUCAGAGGAGAUGUCUUUAAAAUCAGAAGAGUAUGUGAAGAAAAAAACCGUCUUGAAAUACAAAGUCAUCUGUGCUGUUCUGCUGUGUGCUUUGGUGGUUGUAUCCCUGGGACUAGGUUUAGGACUAGGACUCAACCGUGGAAACCAGGAGCAAGUCAGCUGCAGACACAAGUGCAACGAGCCACACAGGAAAGAUAUGCCCGGCUGCCAGUGCGACAGCGGCUGCAAGGAGCGUCAGGACUGCUGCUGGGACUAUGAGGACACCUGUGUGGAGCCAACCCGAUCUUGGAAGUGCACUAAGGUCCGUUGUGGUGAGACAAGAAUACCUGGAAGUUACUGUUCUUGUUCUGAUGACUGCUUGCAGAAAAAAGACUGCUGUGUAAAUUACUACAGCAUCUGCAAAGGUGAAACAUCUUGGGUAGAAGAACCAUGCACAUCAGUUGAAACUCCUCAAUGUCCAGAUGGAUUUACUCUCCCACCACUUAUCCUUUUUUCAAUGGAUGGGUUUAGAGCAGAAUAUUUGGAAACUUGGAGUUCUUUGCUGCCAAAUAUUGAAAAACUCAAAACGUGUGGCACACAUUCAAAAUACAUGAGAGCUGCUUACCCCACAAAAACCUUUCCAAACCACUAUACUAUUGUCACAGGAUUGUAUCCAGAAUCUCAUGGUAUCAUUGAUAACAACAUGUAUGAUGUAGGCUUGAACGCGCAUUUCUCACUUUCAGGGGAGGAAAAAUUCAAACCUGCAUGGUGGAAAGGGCAACCAGUCUGGCUGACAGCAAUGUCCCAAAAUUUGAAAGCAGGCACCUUCUUUUGGCCAGGCUCUGAUGUUCCAAUUGGGGGAAAAUACCCCACCCUGUACACCAUAUACAACGGUUCAAUUCCAUAUGAAGAGAGGAUUUCAGGAAUACUGAAGUGGCUUGAUAAUGCCCAACCUGAGAGGCCUGAUAUAUACACUUUAUAUAUUGAAGAACCAGAUUCUUCUGGACAUUCAUUUGGACCAGUUAGUGCUGGUGUAAUCAAAGCCUUACAGAAAGCAGAUAAAGCAGUGGGGAUGCUCAUGGAUGGACUUAAACAAAGAAAUCUGCACAAGUGUGUAAACCUCAUUGUUUUAGCUGAUCAUGGGAUGGAGAAGACCUACUGCACGCAGUUAGAAUAUAUGACUAAUUACUUCAAAGAGGUGGAUUUCUACCUGUAUGCUGGGCCUGCAGCUCGCAUUCGAGCAAAGAAUGUUCCGAAGGACUAUUUUACCUUUGACUCAGAAGGAAUCGUUAAAAACCUCACAUGCAGAAGAUCCCCUCAGCACUUCAAGCCCUACCUGACCCCUGACUUGCCCAAACGAUUCCACUAUGCUAACAACAUUCGUAUUGAUAAAGUUCAUCUUAUGGUGGAUCGACAGUGGCUGGCUGUGAGGGAUGAAAGUUACACAUUUUGUGAUGGAGGUAACCAUGGCUAUAACAAUGAAUUCAAAAGCAUGGAGGCUAUAUUCUUAGCAUAUGGCCCAAGCUUUAAAGAGAAAACAGAAGUGGAUGCUUUUGAAAACAUUGAGGUUUACAACCUUAUGUGUGAUUUGCUGCAUAUAGCACCAGCAGAAAACAAUGGAACACACGGCAGCUUGAAUCACCUCUUAAAGAAACCCUUUUACAAUCCUUCACAUCCAAAGGAAGUCUCAUCUCCCUCUUUAUGUCCAGUUUCCAGUCUGACUCCUACAGAUGACCUGGGAUGCAAAUGUGCACAAAUUCCCACUGAGUCACCAGAACAGCUAAAUGAGAGGUUAAAUCUCACCACAGAAGAAAUAAAGAAGGCAAGCGCAUCUCAUUUGCCAUAUGGGAGACCCAAAGUUCUUCAGAAGGAAAAGGUCUACUGCCUCCUUUCCCAUCAUCAGUAUGUGAGUGGAUACAGCUAUGAUAUCCGGAUGCCACUGUGGACUGCAUACACUGUGAAUAAGCCUGAAAACACAUCUCCUCUUCCUCCCACUGUUUCAGACUGUCUGCGGCCUGAUGUUAGAAUCCCUGCUGCUUGGAGCCAAAAUUGUUCUGACUACCCAGAAGGGCUGACCUUGACCCACAGUUUCCUCUAUCCUCCCAACUACAAUUCAUCUGAUCUUGAACAGUAUGAUGCCUUACUCACCAGCAAUAUUGUUCCCAUGUAUAAAGCUUUCAAAGACAUAUGGGACUAUUUCCAUAAUGUGCUUCUUCAGAAGUAUGCUAAAGAAAGGAAUGGGGUAAACGUUAUCAGUGGACCAGUGUUUGAUUACAAUUAUGAUGGCCAUUUUGAUAGCCCUGAUGAAAUUAAGAAGUAUGUAAACAAUACAAAAAUCCCUGUCCCAACCCAUUACUAUGUGAUUCUGACAAGCUGCAAGAACACAUCCUCUACCCCACUGAACUGUUCAGUGUCCUUGGAUGCUUUGUCUUUUAUCAUUCCUCAUCGACCUGACAACACUGAAAGCUGUGCUGAAAAUAAGACACUUUCCGAAUGGGUUGAAGAAAGAGUCCAGGCUCAUUCUGCACGUGUUCGGGAUGUGGAGCUGCUAGCUGGGCUUGACUUUUACCAAGAAAGAAAUGAAUCUGUCUCUGAGAUCUUGCAGCUAAAGACAUUUUUGCCAAUAUUUGAGACUGAAAGUAGCUGAUUAUCUUUGGAAAAGGGGUCAGUGUUUGGAAGAAAGAAAAUUUCAGCGAUUUCACUUAUUUCCCUGCUUAAGUAUGUGGGAGUAUUUUUCAAAUUUGUGUUUUUUAGUCAAGUGUUUUGUGCCAAGAAAAUUUGAAUAAAGAUGAUACAUAAAAUUUUCUAAAGUGAAAUAAAUCAUCCUUGUUGAGCCAGGCUUUCAAAAUACAGAAUAUAUUUUUAUUAUGUAAAAACUAAUAUAUGAUGUUACUAUAAAAUGCAUGAAAUAUUAUAUGUGAUAUUAUAUAUAUAAUAGUAGUAGUAAUGAUUGAAAAAAAAUGCAAAAGGAACAUAUUUUAUACUACAGAGACACCAGAACUGUAAAUUGUAUAUAAAAUACUUCUACAAUGGAGCUGAAAAAUAAAAUACUUUGAGAGGAGUGUGUGUGUUUUUUCCCUUGUGUUUAUCAAAGAGGUUAUGGUUCUCAAAUACAAGCACGUCCUGAAAUAGUCUGAAUUUCUCUUUCCCACCUAUUAAUUCACAUGGAAACAUAUUUUGAC